AUGAGCAAAUUUGCACAGGUAACUAACUGGCUCUUCGGUAUGAACUUGGACAAAGCUUCGACAACAUACUAUAACAGGUUAGUGUGGCACGAUGUGGAUACGACGGUUGCUGGUGAGAUCUUCCAGCAAGACCGGUGGAUGAACGGCUCCGGUGAAGAGUCGAAUGAACCCAACAAACGUGCGAUGGACGUGCAGGAUCGUGCACAACGGAAUCGUGAAGAGUCGCAGGCGGAAAAGGCACGCGAUCGUAAGGAGGAGGUCGUUGCCAAGGUUAAGUACGCGGAUCUGGACAUUACGGACGCAUCCGACGAACUGUAG